AUACGGCUUCAUCUCUUUAUUCUGCUCAAAGUUGGAAAGAUAUUCAAGAACAAUGUUUGCAAUUUACAAAGAAGGAAGCGUUUCAGUGAACCCUGAACGCAGACCACAAACUGUGGAAAGUGAUAACAAGAGUCAGAAGACUUCUUCAAAUGUACUGAGAAAUGCUAUUUUAGCAUUUUGUCUUUUGUCGUUCAUUGCUCUACUGGCGGUUACAGUUUGGGCACUUGUCGCAAAAGAUAAAGAUGAUGAAAAGGAUACCCCGUCAGCUAGCAAAAUUACCACCGGUCGCGCUGAAUGCAAAUUGGAUGGAAGUGCCGUUACUUGCAGCUGCACGCAAUCAGGCUUUCAAUGGAACGGCACACACUGCACAGGAACAAAUCUUGAAGGUGGUUGGUGUGACUGGCACGAGGCAGAAAAAUGCAGUGCAUCCUGUGGCUAUGGUUACCAAAAACUGGUACGCUACUGUGCCUGUCCAGCUCCAAAAUUUGGAGGAGCACCGUGUGUGGGUAGUGAUCGAAUAUACCGCCCAUGUCACAGAAGAAGCUGCCCAAAGAAACCUGGAGCAGGCUGCAGAGAAACUUUCGUUGAUGAUUAUGGGACUGUGGCUUCUCCUGGGUAUCCAAACAACAACCAAAGAAACAUUGAAUGCACUUAUACAAUCAUUGCAAGUCGCAACGAGAAAGUGAUUUUGAAACUCAAUGCUCUAGACAUAGAAAGCUCAAAGGAUUGUACGAAAGAAAGACUUCGGAUUCAUAUGAAAGGAUCCUUGAAUGUUCCCCCUGUUGUGACGCUGUGUGAUAAUCAAAAGAAAGGAAGCAAUUACACAUCGGUCGAGAACAGGCUAGUUGUAACAUUUAGGAAUGGCUUUGCAAAAAAUCCAAGUGGGUUUCUUGCGAGCUAUCAUAUUACCAAAAAAGAUGACUCGAUGGUAAAUGGUGGUUGGUGCUACUGGUAUCCUGUUACAAAAUGCAACGCAACUUGCAGUUCCGGAAAGCAGCGGUUCCAGCGUGAUUGUGCCUGCCCGGUACCUGCUAAUGGAGGAAAGCCAUGUCUUGGCUCAGCAGAACAACUCAUUGAUUGCAUUGAUUAUGAUUGUAUAACCCCUACACGUGGCAUGUCGGGUACAAAAACAUGUGAUUUUGAAUAUACUCUUGGAAAAGAGAGAUGCCACUGGAGCCAGGAUAGCUCUGAUGAUUUCGAUUGGACGAGACACUCUGGAAGACCACCAACUUACAGCUCUGGGCCUUCAACAGACCAUACUUUUCGAAACCGAACAGGUCAUUACAUGUACAUUUACAGCAACAGACGUCCCUUUGGUAGCAAAGCCAGCCUGCUGUCCAAUGAAAGGGAGUCAACAGCUAAAUCAUGCUUAUCGCUUUGGUACCACAUGUAUGGAAGUCAGAUUGGUACCCUUUUUAUAAAGAAGAGGAUGGGAGCAUCAGUUUCUACAUUAUGGUCUAUGAGUGGUAACAAGCAAAAUGCUUGGUGGCUUGCAAGUGUACCCUUCUCAUCAUCUGAGCCAUAUAAGCUUGUGAUUGAGGGGACUGUUGGAGGAUAUUAUGGUAACAUUGCGAUAGAUGAUGUCACCAUUUCAGAGGGAAACUGCCCACCACCAGAGCCGGUUCCUUGCAAUAAGACAUUCAACGCAUCAUCAGGAUCCAUUACAUCACCCUACUAUCCAGAAUAUUACCCACACAACGCAAAUUGCCAUUACAGAGUUAUAGUUGGAAAUCAAUCAGCCGUCAGGCUUACAUUUUCAAUGUUCAAUCUUCAAAGCAGCCCAUCGUGCGAACGAGACUCCUUCAAAAUGUAUGAAGACAAUACACUCAAAGCGACCCUCUGUGGCUAUUCAUCGAGAACAUUAUACUCGCAGGGGAAUGAGGUUCUAUACGUUUUCAAGUCAGAUGGUUCGAUUACGGCACCGGGAUUUAAUGCAUACUUUAGAGAGGAAUGCCGUCGAAUGAACCUGACAGGAGAAAGUGGGUCGUUUACAUCACCUGGUUAUCCAAGAAAUUAUGGGAAUUCACUAAAUUGUCGGUAUAUGAUCACUGUUCCAGCGGGAAGACUUAUACAAAUUACCUUCCCUAUAUUUGACACAGAAAGUUGUUGCGAUCAUGUGACAAUAUACAAUGUAGUUGGGAGGACCAACGUCUUUGCUAUCAGAUUAGCAGGAUCAGGAGAAAAGACAUUUAAAUCCAAAACAAACAAGGUUCUCCUCCAAUUCUACACAGAUUCAAGUAUCACCAGAAAAGGCUUUGUUGCUCACUAUACAUCAGCAAAAGCUGCAAACAGCUCAACGAGUUGUCUCAAUACAUCACAAUGUAGCUACCUACUAACUGGCCCCGUAGGAAGUUUCUCCUCUCCUGGAUACCCAAACAACUACAAGAAUAACGAGUGCUGCCAUUAUAAUAUUACUGCUCCAGCUGACAAGAGGGUAAAAAUUGAUUUUCUGAAUGUGUCUAUGGAAGGCCAAAUUGGGGGUAAAUGUGAUUAUGAUUCAAUAAAGAUCUACGAGGGUGAAUCAGGAAGCGAAGUACUGAGGUCGAGUUUAUGCGGUAAAAUCAGCACAACAAACUUUCUUUCAAGAAGCAACAAAGUUUACGUAUACUUCAGAACAGAUGGAACUUUCACAGAUAGAGGGUUCUUUGCAGUUUACAACACUACAAUAGAUGCACCCCCAUAUUCUAAAGUAAACGAGCCAAAUUGUGGCAAAUCAGUAGUGGCACAGGCACAUGUAAUAGGUGGAGAAAAUGCAAGCAAAGGUGCAUGGCCUUGGCAGAUUGGACUGUAUCGAUAUGGCAGUUUUGCUUGCGGUGGCUCACUCAUUGCUCCUGACUGGAUACUCACUGCUGCACAUUGUGUAAAAUACUAUAGCGCUUGGAGUCUGACGGUCAUUGUCGGUGAUCUGCACAGAACGAUCAAUGAUACAGCAGAAAAACGACAUCGUGUUUCUUUGGUGAAAAUCCACCCUCUUUAUUCAAGCUCAACGAUGAACAACGACGUUGCUCUUCUUAAACUGCAAACACCCGCCGUUUUGAACGACCACGUCAAUACUGUCUGUUUACCGAACAGAACCAGUGUUAUUGCUGUUGGAUCUUCUUGCUACAUAACAGGUUGGGGUAAAAUUCAGCACCCCGGCAGUUCUCAUCCAAUGCUUCAACAGGCACGACUGUUUAUCAUGGAUUCGCAAGUUUGUCAAAGAAAGCUGAGCGGGAGUUCGAUCUACCUUCGCAUAACCAAUAAGAUGGUAUGUGGUGGUGAAAAUGGAACAAACAAAAGUGGUUGCCAUGGAGAUAGUGGAGGUCCACUGGUGCACCAAGAUACAAAUAACAGGUUUAUCCAGCAUGGAGUUGUCAGCUGGGGAAGUCCAAGGUGUAAUUCAAAUGAAUCAAGCAGUGUUUUUGCGCGUGUAACAGAAUUUGUGGACUGGAUCAAAAACACACUCAAAUUUAACUGAUUUGCCUUAAGCAGUGUUGCUUUAUAUGAUCAUGACCAUUUCCUUUAUGCAACCAAUCGCUAUAAUGUUGCCAAAUGAUCUUAGUCAUUUGACCAUUAGGACGAAGUACAAUAGUUAGAUAAUGAUAGUAAAGCCAGGUUUAACAUUUAAAAAUCAAUUUUUAGAAGACUAGUUUUGCAAAUCCAUUAUUAUUUGCUUGUUGAUCAGUAUGCAUCAAAUAAAGGCUUUUACAUAGUUUCAUGCCUGAGCACCCCUCAGCGGAGAGUUUAGAUAUUCAAUUUUAGAUUCUAUGGCACUUGCUACACAUAUUUCUAAUGCCGACGGUCUACUUUCUAAAAUUAUGGAUACCUGUUCAGGCGGUGCCCAUACGCACGCCCUGUACCAUGCCCUCUUUACAGUGCAUAUCCAGGAUUUUGUGUCUGGUUGUAUCCAUCCCCUGUGAAACUUUUUUAAAAUUUCAUUUGUAUCCUCCUUGAAAAUAGUUGUUAAAAUUGAAGGCUGGUUUUCAUCAUGGUUAUUUGAUGGAUAGCUUGAAUUUUGAAUCCAUAAUAACAAACAGAGAAGUAGUUUCUUGCAAAAGGUGGUUGAAUAGAUUAGUUUUCAUGCUAGAAGGCAUGAAUGUAGACUUGACUCUUACCCAAACAUCACAGCUCUUUCGGUUUACCCCAAGAGAAAAGGGCGGUGAGCCCUUACGAAUGCGUACCAAUUUCACCUACUGAUAGAUAAUUACUGUUGAAAAUCACCAUCAGUGCUCUUAUAGAGGCACUUACAAAAUUGUGUACAGGUCAAUUUGGAUAUAAUCUACAAUUGUGAGAGGAUAGACUUAAAAAUAACUAUUUUUAGAGUAUAUAAGUUUAACUUUAGCUUUUAAUAUAUGUAAUGUAUGUAAUGCAUUCUAAUUUUGUGAAUAGAUGAGGGACUAUAUUCUGGUAUGACCUUUAAGCGCUAUACGUAGAAGAAAUUUUUGCUUGUAAUGGACGUGGUAGCAAGAAUAUGGUAGAAAUACAAUGUACAUGUUUUUUUUUACGAAUGAAUGUUUUCAAUGGUUUAUCAAUCACGAUUUUUGAAAAUCGGCAAAUGAAAAUGGCAAAGGUAUUUUCAAUCUUCAAGAAAGUAGAGAUAACUAUAGGCCAAUCAUUGUAUUGCCAUCAACAUCAAAGAUUUUCGUAAGAAUUGUGUUCAACCAGAUACAUCAUCAUUUUGGGCCUAUUUUUCCUUGUCUUGUGGAUUUAAAAAAGGCUUUGGCAAACAACAUGCCUUGCUACGCUUGCCGACUUAUUGCAGGUGUUUUCCUAAUAGAUCUCUCCAUAGACCGCAGAGUGUUUGUUUAUCUACCUCAAACUUUUUUUUUGGCUGAAUUGAAAUCAUAUGGUUUUAAUUAUAAUGCAAUUUAAGUUAUGUAUAGCUUAUUGAAAACAGAAUGCAAAGAAUGAAAAUAAUUUCUAUUUAUAGCGAUUGGAUUAAAUAAAUCAAGGUAU